AAUGCACCAUAAUGAGAGAGAAAGUGUCCGGGGUUUUCAUGACCAUUCCCAGGGAAUCGACGCCAUAUUUGUAAGGCACAACGUUUGUCCUCCAAGUGUCGUCAAAUAAAAAAAAAAUAUACAAUUAAUAAUAUUAUUCACAUACCUUGACCCAAUUUAUUAACCAUUUAAUAAUUAAAAAAUUAAUCAACGCGUAGAAAUUAAUACAAUCCACCGAUCAUUUGUUUUUUCAAAUUUCUUUUUUCAUUUUUUUUUUUUUUCCUCUUUUUUUUCAUUCAGAACAGUGAAUUCGUUGCAUCACAUAUUUUUUUGUUGCCAUUUUAUUUCACACCUCAGAAGUUAUGCCAAUUAAUCAAAGCUGGGUGAUAUUGGAAACAACCUGACUAAUUAAAAAUUGUCCAACUUUUUCUGGUCUUGACAAGAGGGUGUGAUAAUAUUUUCCAUGAAAAAAAUUAAAUGAUCUAAUUAGUUUCAAAAACAUUAUUAAACAUUACCUAAUAAAACAAAAAAAAAUAAAUAAACAAUAUGCAGGUAUAUAUGAAAUGAUAAAACAACAAAAAAAAAAAAAAUAACAGUUAAUGAUGUCAGUUUCCCUGGUGUAUUUUUAAUGGUGGUUAAUAAUAGAAAAUUAAUUAUUUUUUAAUAAUAAAAAAUACAACGUUGUUGUCUUCGUUAUUUAACAACAACUUUUGGAUUUUCAUCGAGAUUACUUCAUCGUUGCUGUCAUCAAUUUUGUUUAAAAAAAAAAAUAUAAAUAAAUAAAUAAUAAUAAUAAUUAAUCAUCGUUGAUAUCUUCAUGAUUAACAAACAACGAUUAACUACACGUUUUAGACCUUCAACUUUGGAAGACUGAAGAGAUAUUCUUGCUCAAAGUUCCUGUUAAGGUAUCCAAAAUAAAAUAAAUAAAUAAUACAACUCUCAACAAUUUUAAAUUGUUAUUUUGUUAAAACAAAUAAACAAAAAAAAUGAGUGUUAUUAUCAGACUACAAAAUCUGGCAUGGUCAGCAAAUGCCCUUGACAUCCGUCAAUUCUUCCGGGGUCUGGGCAUUCCCGAGGGUGGUGUUCACAUUGUUGGAGGUGAACAAGGCGAUGCUUUCAUAGCAUUCAGCACUGAUGAGGAUGCCCGUCAAGCAAUGAUGCAUGAUGGUGGUAAAAUAAAAGAAAUGAAGAUAAAAUUAUUACUAUCAUCACGUACAGAAAUGCAAAAAGUAAUUGAAACAGCACGUCAACAAACAUUAUCUUUACAAUCAUUUAUGCAAACAUCAGCUGUACAAUCAACAUCAUCAAUUGGUUUACAAUCAUCAACAGGAGGAAUAGGAGGAGUAGCAGCUGCUGCAUCAUCACCACCAAUAACAUCAAAUCAAAUGCAUCAAAAAUUAUCAACAACACCUGAAAAACGUGAUAAUGAUAGUGAAACAUCAAGUAGUAAAGAUCGUAGAGAUAGACGUGAUCGUUCAAGAUCAAGAUCACGUGAUCGUGGACGUGAUCGUGGUCGUGAUAGUCGUCGUAGACGUGAUCGUUCAAGAUCUCGUGAACGUGAUCGUCGUGAUCGUGGUAAUAAUCGUCGUCGUCGUGAACGUUCACGUUCACGUGAUCGUACACGUUCACAUGAACGUGAUAAUAAUAAUAGAAGAUCAAAUGAUCGUCGUAAAAAUUCACAAGACAUACAAGAUGAUAAUUCAGAUGUUGUAUGUGUUGGUCAAUUUCCAAAAGAUAAAUUAAUGAAUUUACAAUUAACAAAUAAAUUACUUGACAAUGGCAUAUGGGAAGUACCACCUAAAAAUCAAAUGCAAACAAUGAUGAUUGCACCAGGUAUAUUAGGUGCUGGUGUUGCUGCAAUAACAAAUGAUAAUGAUCGUAAUAAUAUUAACUUUAAUGGAAUAAGUGGUACACCAUCAUUAUUGGUACCAAAUCAAUUUUCAUUAAAUGGCAUUAAUAGUAAUAAUAGUAUUUUACAACCACCUGGUAUUGCUAAUAUUAAUUUAAGUACAUUACCACCAAAUUUAACACUACCAAAUAUUGGUAAUAAUAAUAAUAGUCGUAAUUCAUGGCCAAAUGAUCCACCACCACGUUUAACUGAUCUUAGAUUUCCACGUGGUCAUAAUUUCAACAAUUCAGAAUUUGGUUUUAGCAACAGUAGUAAUAAUAAUAGCAAUAGUAAUAAUACUACAAAUUCAAAUUAUCGUAGUAGUACUAGUAAUAUUAAUAGUAAUAGUAAAAAUACACGUAAUAAUAAUAGCAGCAGUAAUUCAGGACAAAAUAAUUUAAGUAAAACAAUACAAGAACUUGAAGGUAGAAGAAAUCCAAAUGCAUUUCAAUCAAAUAAUGCUAAUCCAUUUGAUAAUAAUACAUUUCUUUCAUCAAUUGGUACAAAUGAUAGAUUAAAAAAUAAUAGAAAUUCUGGUAAUGGUAAUUCUACACGUUUUUCAAAUGACAAUAAUAAUAGUAAUAGUAAUAAUAAUAUUGGUUAUUGUAUUGAAAUACGUAAUAUGCCAUUAAAUGCAACAUACAGUGAUGUACGUCAUGCAUUUCAAGGUAUUUAUAUACGUAAAGAUGGUAUUAAAUUAAUAAAUGAUACACAUGGUAAUCGUGUUGGUAUUGGAUAUGUUAAAUUUAAUAAAAUUGAAGGUAGAGAACAGGCAUUAAGCACAACACGUUAUGUUAGAGGUUCAGAAAUUGAAAUGUGUACACUUGAAGAAACAAUAUUUGAUAAAGCAAUUGAUUCAUUUAAUCCAGAACGUGAUGUUAGUACUAAUAAUAUUGAUCAAGAACAAGAUACAAUUGAUAAUUUAAAUUCAUCAUGUAUUAUGAUUAUUGAUUUACCAUCAUUUGCUAAAGAAGUUGAUAUUAUUAAAACAUUUAAUGAAUGGAAAAUAAAUGAUUUAUUUAUAUCAACUAAAAAAGAUAUUACAAAUGGUACAACACAAUAUACAGCAUAUAUACAAUUUUUAAGAUCAGAAGAUGCAAAUACAGCAUUAAAACAAACAUUAAAAAUUGGUCCAAAAAAUAUAACAACAAUAUCAAUAACAGAUGAUAAAUAUAAACAAGCUAAACGUGUACAUGAAAAUGGUAGUGAUAAUAUUAUUAUUGAUGGUAAUUCAUCUGAUUGUAUUAUAAUGCGUGGUUUACCAUUUCAAAUAAAUGAACGUGAUAUUAUUGAUUAUUUUAGUGAUAUUGGUAUUGUACCAAGAAGAAUACAUAUGAUGGUUAAUAAAAUUGGUACACCAUUUGGUGGUUGUUUUUGUGAAUUUGAAUCAAUUGAAGAAGCCAUUAGAGCAACAAAUAAAAAUGGUACACCACUUGGUAAAUCAAUACCAAUUAUUGAUUUAAUAUCACGUAAUAAAAUGAUGGAUGCAUUGGAACAAGGUGAUUCUGGUAUUAUUGAUACAAUACCACCAUUUCCACCAAUGGGAAUUAAUGAUCGUCCAAGAUUUCCACCAUUGGGUGCUGGUGGUGUACCACGUUUUGGUAAUGGUGGUUUUUGUCCAAGAGGACCACCACCAGGUAUGAUGGGUAUGCCACCACGUCCACCAAUGAUUAUGAAUAGACCACCAAUGGAUUGUGUUGAAGGUUUUGGUAAACCUGGUUGUGUUUUGUCACUUGAAAAUGUACCAUUUAAAGCUGAUAUUGAUGAAAUUAUUGAAUUCUUUCGUGACUUUGAUGUUAAAAGAGAAAAUGUCAUUAGAAGAUACAAUGAAAAAGGCAUGCCAACUGGUGAUGCUAGAGUUGCAUUCUCAUCACCAAGUGAAGCACAACGUGCAUUACGUGAAUUAAGACAUUGUAAAGUUAGAGAAAGAACUAUUUAUCUCAAAAUGACAUGAGACAAUUAAUAUAUUAUUAUUAUUCAUUUUGUUUUUACAAUUUAAUUAUUGUAUAUUUUAUAUAAAAUAUUAUUAUUAUUUUAUAAUCAUCUUUAGUCCUUUUUUUUUUUUUUUCUACACUUAUCAAUAUGAUACAUAUUGUAAAUAUUAAUUCGACUAGAAAAUCAUUACGUUUUUAGUAUUAAUUAAUAUAAAAAAAAAAAAGAAAAAAAAUUUAAUAAUUUGAAAAAUUAUUUCUUUGUUUGAUAAAAUAAUAAUAAUUAUUUUUUUUCUGUAUAAUAUUUUGUUUUUUUAAAGUAAUAAAUAAAUAAAUUAAAGUUAAUAUAAAAAAAAAAUAAUAAUGCUAACUGUUUGAUUAUUAAGAUAGAAAAAAAAUAAUAUCAAAUUAUCAAAUUGUAUAUGACAAUGUAACCCCGGAAUUCCGGCUAAUUAAGCAACAUCAAUAAUCAUAAUUAUUAUUAAAUUCAAUGAUAUUUAUUCUUGGUUAAAUACGUUAUAUUUAUUUAUUUUUUUUGUCAUUAACUACUUGGUUUUUCUGGAGCGAAAUAACGACAGUAUGUAAUUGAUACUGUCUUAUCCAAGAAUUCGAAAUUUCUUAUCAUUUGUAUUAAUAUAUUUAAAAAAAAAAAAAAGAGUAAUGUUAUUAAAUGAUAAAGUCAUAAAGACAAAUAACAAACUAAUAUAAUUUCUAGCUAAAAUAUAUUAUAUUAAAAAAUAAAAAAUACAAAAAAUAAUAUUUUAAAAUUUGAGUUAUUAUUAGACAUAAGAACCUACUAACUGUUUCGAAAAAUCAACGGUGUUCAUGAGUUAAAUAAAAAAAUAAAUACAUGUAUUGAAUUAUUGAAUUAAUUCAACAGAAAAUCCAAAGUGGGGAAUAAAAUCAUAUUGAGGAUUUCCCUCUCUUGCAUCUAUUAGAAAUAAAAAAAUUCUCAUUGUUAGAAAAAAAUCGAAAUUUCUUUGUUGAAUAUCGAAAUUUAUGAUAUUUUUUUUUCUAUUAAAAUUUAUCGU